ACUUAUUUGGAUUGUUUUGAACAACAUUUCUUUCGUUCAUAAACAUGCUAGCCCUUUGUCCAUUACAUAGCGACAACAGGAGUUUAGCUAGACCAGACGCAUCAAGAACUCUGCAGUCUAAUUGAAAAGUCAUUGGCUUUUGGCUAUAAUCAUGUCCAUUGCCUUAAUUCAAGGAGCUGGUCGCGGACUUGGCUUGGAGUUCGCCAGGGUGCUAUCCUUGCGCCCCAAUGUCCAAGUCAUCGCUACUUGUCGUCAACCCGAGAAAUCUACCGGCCUUCAAGAGCUCUCCGGAGUGGAUGUUCAGGCCUUGGACGUGAAUCAAGAGGGCCAGAUCCAUAAGUUGUCAGAAUAUGUGCAGGGCAAGUACGGCAAGGUAGACUUCCUGUUAAACUCAAGUGGAAUGCUUCACCCCUCCGGACGAGGAGAAACUAGAUUAGCCGACGUGGACCUGACCGGUAUUCAAGAAACCUUCAUGGUGAACACCUUUGCUCCCCUCAUGAUGGCGAAACACUUCACACCCGUUCUGAAAAAAGGAUCUGGGAGUUUUGGUGCGAAGUCUGCUGAUGGGAAACAAACUCAUUCGGCUGUGAUGGCGUCCCUCUCGGCUAGGGUUGGGUCGAUUGGGGAUAACCGCUUGGGAGGGUGGUACUCCUACCGAAUGUCCAAAACGGCCCUGAAUAUGGCCAACAGGAAUCUUGCCGUGGAGUUUGGAAGGGGGAAGAACCAAAUCAUCUGCCUGGCUCUUCAUCCAGGAACGGUGGAUACUGAUAUAUCAAGGCCUUAUCAUAAAAAUGUCCCGAAGGACCAAUUGUUCUCGGUGGAACAUUCUGUGAAGCAGCUCCUGGAUUUGGUAGACAAUGCCACGUUGAAGGACUCGGGAAGAUACAUGGAUUACAGUGGAACGGAUAUUCCAUUUUGAAGAAAUCAUGUGCAAGCUUGUCCGUUAUUCUUUGAUUAAAACGUAGUGAUAGACCUU